AUGUCCGAAUACUGGAAAUCCACACCGAAAUACUGGUGCAAGCACUGUCAAAUCUACGUCCGCGACACGAAACUCGAGCGCCAGAACCACGAAUCUACCGCCAAGCAUCAAGGCGCCCUCAAACGAUUCCUGCGCGACCUGCACCGUGGCCACGAGCGUGACGAGCGCGAGAAAGAACGCGCAAAGCAAGAAAUUGCCCGUCUCAAUGGCGUCGUGUCAGGAUCUUCAUCAUCAUCGGCAGCUGGUCCCUCAAGACCUGCGCCACGCGCCCAGCCUAGCGCACCGUCUGAAGCGUCCUUGAAGAAGCAGAGGGAACAGCUAGCUGAGAUGGGUGUUGCAAUGCCAAGCGCUUUUCGACCUGAGAUGGCUAUGCCAGGUGAAUGGACGGUUACGAAUACACGAGUUAUCGAGAAGCCAGAAGAAGAAGGGGAGGUCAAGGUUGAGACCAGAGCAAAUGGUGUGCGGAAACGAGAGGCAACAGAACAAGAAAAGGAAGAAGAGGAUGCUAUGCAAGGACUAUUCAAGAAACCUAGAAGAUGGGGACGAGAUUCGAAAGCGAUGCCUCAAGAAGACCAUGAUCUGGAUGCGCUUCUAAGCGGAUCGACAUUUACGCCUCGCGCUGUCAAGGAGGAGACAGUCAAGGAAGAAGAAGAUAGUACAAAUAACAUCAAGAAGGAAGAUGAUGAAGAUAACGCAACGACGGUAAAGGGGGAGGAGGAGACGUCGGCUAUCAAGACAGAAGCACCUGAUGUUGAACCUCUGAUAAAACCAGAGCCUGAAGAAGCUGAGUCUGGCGUUCCGAUGGUGGUGUUCAAGAAGAGAAAGCCAAAGGGAAUUCGACAAAAGUAA